AUUCAUGCCCGCCCUGGUGAAUCAUCCAUAUCGAGGCGAAUAGAAACAUAUAAAAAGCUGCUUGCUGUGCUUUCGCUGCUGGACGUGGAACCGUUGUCGUUCUUGUUACCACGACACUGCACGUACGCACGCACACACACGCCCUCCUUGGACACCGAGCAAAAGAUGCCUGUCGUCCAGCCAGAAAAGCUGGUGAAACUUCAGCAGGCCGGCGACACCAUCCGUAACAUUUGCAUCUUGGCGCACGUUGAUCACGGCAAGACGUCUCUCACUGAUGGACUGAUUGCCACAAAUGGCAUCAUCUCACCCAAACAGGCUGGCAAGGUCCGCUACCUGGACUCGAGGCCCGAUGAACAAGAACGGGGCAUCACCAUGGAGUCAUCUGCCAUCUCGUUAUACUUUCCGCUGUUGCAACGGAGUGCACCAGACACGGAACCCGAGCAGAAAGAGUACCUGAUCAACCUGAUUGACUCUCCGGGCCACAUCGACUUCAGCUCUGAAGUUUCUACAGCAUCGAGACUGUGUGAUGGUGCUAUCGUGCUAGUAGAUGCUGUCGAGGGGGUGUGCUCUCAGACUGUCACUGUACUGCGGCAAGUAUGGACGGAAAAACUCAAGCCUCUCCUUGUUAUCAACAAAAUGGAUCGUCUCAUUACCGAAUUGAAGCUGAGCCCCGGCGAAGCCUACACACACUUAUCCAAACUUCUUGAGCAGGUCAAUGCAGUGGUGGGUAGCUUCGCUCUUGGCGAACGAAUGGAAGACGAUCUGAAGUGGAGAGAGCGUAUCGACGAAAAGGUGAGCGCUGCAGCUGCAGCAAAGGCACAGGAAGAUGAUGGUACAUGGAGCCGGCACAGUAGCAUCGCCCAAGAUGACAACGGCGUUGUGAUUGGCGAAACGUCUGCCGAGUACGAAGAAAAGGAUGAUGAAGAUAUCUACUUUGAGCCCGAGAAGAACAAUGUCAUCUUUGCCACUGCUAUUGAUGGCUGGGCAUUCACGCCCAGGCAAUUUGCAGCGCUGUACGAGAAGAAAUUGGGCAUUAAGCGCAAUAUGCUAGAAAAAGUGCUAUGGGGCGAUUUCUACCUGGACCCGAAGACGAAGCGUGUCCUGCUGCCAAAGCAUCUGAAGGGUCGGAACUUGAAGCCAAUGUUUGUACAAUUGGUGCUGGAACAGAUUUGGGCAGUGUACGAAGCCACAACUGGCGGACCGAAUGGCAAGGGCGAUGAAGCUUUGCUCGAAAAGAUCACCAGGGGGCUUGGUCUCAAGAUUCCAGCACACAUACUUCGUUCCAAGGAUCCGAAGGCUCUGCUAUCUGCCAUCUUUUCAGCUUGGUUGCCUUUGUCGACGGCAGUUCUGGUAUCCGUGAUCAUGAGUUUGCCGUCUCCCAAAGCGGCUCAGGAGAAUCGGAUACCUGGUCUGCUCGAAAAGUCACCUGGCUCAAGCCAUAUUGAUCAAAAGAUCAAGGACGCGAUGACGCAAUCAGAUGCCACAAUCGGCAAGCCAGUUGUGGCAUAUGUCAGCAAAAUGAUCUCUAUCCCGGAGAGUGAACUGCCCUCCAACAAGAGGCGGGGCGGUGCUCUCACGGCAGAAGAGGCUCGCGAGCUAGGGCGUAAGAAACGGGCAGAGAUUGCGCGUGCUCAAGCACUUGCCAGUAGUGAGGUUGGCGUAGACUCUGUCACCGAUGCGCUCAGUACGGCCGCCAUUGGGGACGAAAAUGAGCUCGACGACGACGCUCCUGCUGAGGAUGAGGAGGAAAAGGAUGACCCAGAGCAUCUCAUUGGCUUCGCGAGGCUGCUUUCUGGUACACUGACUGUAGGCGAUGAAGUGUACGUUCUGCCACCAAAAUUCACUCCUGCGCAACCACAUGCCGAGCCGCUGCCCCAAAAGGUUACCGUGACCGCGCUAUACCUGCUCAUGGGCCGUGGACUGGAGUCACUAAACUCGGUUCCAGCUGGUAACAUCGUGGGCAUUGCUGGACUAGAAGGAGCGAUCCUGAAAUCCGGCACAAUCGCGUCACAAUUGGAAGGCGCACCAAAUCUAUCAUCUACCACGGCGAUCUCGACCAACGCACCUAUCGUGCGAGUAGCACUCGAGCCCGCAUUCCCAGGAGACCUGGACAAGAUGAUACGAGGCUUACAAUUGCUCGUGCAGGCCGAUCCUGCAGUCUCCUACGAACAACUCGAAAGUGGUGAGCAUGUCAUCUUGACUGCUGGCGAGCUGCAUCUCGAGCGGUGUAUGAAGGACUUGCAAGAGCGUUUUGCCAAGUGUGAGAUUCAGGCUGGCGAGGCAAUGGUGCCGUAUCGAGAGAGCAUCGUUAAGGCUGAAGAGAUGAAGGAACCCGCCAACCCUGCUCUUGGCCGUGGCACGAUUGAGGGUGUCACUUCGAGUAAACAGCUCACUAUUCGGCUGUCAGUGCGACCACUCCCAACGCCUGUCACUGAGUUCCUGGUCAAGCAUACCGGCGCCGUGAAGCGCCUGUAUUCGGAACGCAAGGCACAGGAAGAGGAGCGGUCGGCUGGCGCCAAAGCAGGACAAGCCGAAGAAUCCGGCGAGCAAGAAGUCGAGGCUGAGGAUACCUCAGCCAUUGCUGAUCAAGGUCUGUCGAUGAGCGAGUUCAAGCAGCAACUCGCAGAGGCGCUUCUGGAAGAGAAAGCCGACCGCGAAUUAUACAAGGACGCAGUCCACAAAAUCGCAGCAUUUGGGCCUCGUCGUGUCGGACCCAACAUCCUGAUUGACAACACACCAGAUGGCAUCUGCGGCCGAUUCUUCCACGACAGCAUCGAUCACUCCUCCAGCGGCAGCAACAGCACUUCGUCCAUGGCAGCCUUAGCGGACAAGAUCGCCUACGCAUUCCAACUCGCAACCUAUCAAGGACCUCUCUGCCACGAGCCGAUGCAAGGCGUCGCCAUCUUUCUCGAAUCCGUCUCCACCGAACUCUCUCCCGACGACAUAUCCGCCAACAUGGGCCGUCUCACAGGCGAAAUCCUCCGCACGGUGCGCGAUUCCAUCCGCGCCGGUUUCCUCGAUUGGUCGCCCCGCAUCAUGCUCGCCAUGUACAGUUGCGAGAUCCAAGCCUCGACCGAAGUCCUCAGCAAAGUCUACAACGUCCUCGGACGACGCAAUGGUCGCAUCAUCGAUGAGCAAAUGCUCGAGAGUACGAAUAAUUUCACCGUCUUGAGUCUGUUACCUGUCGCAGAGAGUUUUGGGUUUUCGGAUGAGAUUCGGCAGAGGACGAGUGGAUUUGCGGCUCCGCAGUUGGUUUUUGAGGGCUUUGAAAUGAUUGAUGAGGAUCCGUACUGGGUUCCUUAUACCGAGGAGCAAUUGGAGGACUUGGGUGAUAAGGCUGAUAAGGAGAAUGUGGCGUUGAGAUAUGUGGAUAAGGUGAGGACAAGGAAGGGUUUGGCUGUGAAGAAGAAGGUUGUGGAGGCUGCAGAGAAGCAGAAGACUCUGAAAAGGUAGAGAUAUAGUCACGUCCAGAGCAAAUUCC